AUGGGAUUGUGGAUGAUAUUGAAAAAAAUGCUAAAUUCGUUUUGGUGGAGUGGAGGUCAAAAUAAUAAGGGUAUUAGGUGGAUGUCGUGGGAUAAGUUGACGGGGCCAAAGAAUGAUGGAGGGCUUGGAUUGCGAGACCUAAGGGCGUUCAACAUGGCUAUGGUUGCGAAGACGGGCUGGCACCUUUUGUCAAAUCCUCAAUCGCUAGUUGCAAGAUGUUAUAAAGCAAGGUACUUUCCUAGAAUGUCUUUUUUUGAUGCUAAUCUGGGGAAUAAUCCUAGUUUUGUUUGGCGUAGUAUCUGGCAAGCUAGGAAAAUUUUGACCCUUGGAUGCAGAAGGAGUAUUGGCGAUGUGGCUGAGAAUAUUAUGCAAGUUCCGUUAGUUGAUGAUGUGGUUGAAGUGGAAUUGGAAGCAUGA